UAGCGCGGAUAAAUGAACAGCGCAUGGCCUGCGAUUUCUUCUCUAGCUAGCUCUGCGCGGCUGCAGAUAUCUUGUGCAUGCAUGUGAUAUGAUUGUGUAUUGUGUGUCCAUGCACAAACGCAUGCAGCAUGAACGUGCGAUUGUAGUUUGCCGGGAAAGGUAAAUUUUCUCCAAUUAAGUUAGAUAUUGACGACUGCCUGACAGAUCAUUGUGCAUUAUGAAGACGGAGUCAGUACCCGAUGUCGUGGGGGAGCCCCCUAUAAAAAGAGCUAAAACUCUUGAUACAGACGGUAAGGAAAGUGAAGAGCAGAAGGACGCAACUCCAAAUGGGAUGGAACAAGGCAAUUCACCAGAUAUUUCAGAAAUUGGGACCGCUCCAAUUAAGGAGGAACAGGUCUCUGCAGACAUUGUGCCAAAAGAAACAGAGCAAGACUCCAGUCCAUCCAGUACUGUGAACACUGGCACUGAAAGCUCUGCUCCAUCAUCAAGUGCCCAUGCAUCAGAGACUGUGCAGGAAAUGAACACAGAGGGCGCUGUGGUGAAAGAAGGAGCAGAUGAGGGAGAGAUGGAGAUAGAUCCUUGUGCUGGUGGAGAUGGAGGUAUCGGCUUGGGAGCAGGGAUGGAGGAUCUGCUAGAAUGGAAGGAUGGGAUCGCAACCCUUCCUGGAAGCUCGAUGAAAUUUCGAAAAAAUGAAUUUGGUGCUCUCGACCUGAUCAUGGAUGACCUAGACUUGGACUUAGGAAUUCCCGGUCCAGCUGGAGAUGCAGACCAGCCGAAGGAAGAUGUAAAGAUAGAUCCUGAUGUCUCGGUAGACCAAGAACCCAUGGACCAGUCUGACCAACCGACAGAGGACCAAUGUAACAAGGACCAACCCAAAGUGGACCAAACCUUAGAUAGUGUAGAAACAACUGCUAAUGAGACUGGAAGCCAGCCAGUUAGUAGGGCCACAACACCUAGCCCUGGACCACCCGGAUCUGGAAACAGUCCAGGCUAUGCUGGAAGAGGGAGACCAAGAAAGAACAGUUUCCAGAAGGAGGAUACGUGUAUGUGUGAGCAGUGCGGUAAGAGGGGCCUCUCAGCAGACUUCUGUAAAUCUGGCAGAUUUUGUUCGCAGUCGUGCGUCGGGGCUUACGCCAGCAAACAAGGGGCUCUGAGGAAGAACUCCAUCAAAGAAGCGAUGAGUACGGCAGUCAACAAUGGAGGGCCCAAAAAGAAAGGACCAAAGAAGAAGAUGACCGUUGCUGCAUCAGGCAAGAUUUCUCCUUCAGCAAGAUUACAUGGCGAUCUGAAAAUGACAAUCAACAUGAAAUCUCCUGAUAAAAUUACUGGUAAAGGAAAAAAGAAAGUUUUCCAAUGGGCAGCAUAUCUGGAAGAAGAAAAGGCUUCUCAAGCACCUAUAAAACUCUUUAAAACACCGUUUCCAACUGGAAAGAACCUCUUCAAGGUGGGCAUGAAACUAGAAGGCAUCGACCCCAAGCAUCCGUCUCUCUUCUGCGUCUUGACUGUCAUGGAGAUCCGUGGUUACAGGCUCCGCCUGCAUUUUGAUGGCUAUUCCGAGUGCUACGAUUUCUGGGUGAACGCGGACUCCCCGGACAUACUCCCGGCAGGUUGGUGCGAGAAGACUGGUCACAAACUUCUGCCACCAAAAGGUUUCCAGACUGAUUUCAGCUGGACAGCAUACUUAAAGAUGACCCGGUCUACAUCAGCACCAAGACAUCUAUUCAGUAACUAUGAAAAUGAGACCACAACUCCCCAAGGUUUCCGAAAGGGCAUGAAACUGGAGGCUGUGGACCGGAAGAAUCCUUCCCUCAUCUGCGUUGCCACGGUAACAGACAUCAUGGAUAACCGCUUCCUCAUCCAUUUUGAUGCGUGGGAGGACAUGUACGAUUACUGGUGCGACGCCGCAUCACCUUAUAUUCAUCCCGUGGGAUGGUGUGAGGAGAAUGGUUUAGCGCUGACGCCGCCAAAUGACUAUCCUGAUCUGGAACACUUCACCUGGUCUGAUUAUCUUGCCAAGUCAAAGUCAGUUGCUGUACCUACUAGAGCAUUCAAGCCACGCCCACCGAUCCCCUUUCAAGUUGGUAUGAAAUUAGAAUGCGUUGACAAGAGGAACCCAUCACUCAUCCGAGCAGCCACUAUAUCAGAAGUAGAGGAUUACAGGAUGCUGGUUCAUUUUGAUGGCUGGGACACAGUCUAUGAUUUCUGGGUUGACGAUGAUAGCACAGAAAUCCAUCCGAUUGGUUGGUGUUCCAAGUCUGGUCACGCCCUGGUACCGCCCAUCCAUCUUCAAAUUCCUGAUAACACUGGGCAAUCGGGCUGUCCUACCCCUGGUUGUAAUGGAGUUGGCCACAUCAAAGGGGCAAAGUACACAGGUCAUCAUAGGAAGUGUCCAACCCCCGGUUGUGAUGGCAGUGGCCAUGUGACGGGCAAGUACACCGGUCAUCAUAAGCUGUCAGGAUGCCCUUUGGCGGAGAAGAACCAGAAUAAGAUGGCUCCUACCAAACAAUCGGUCAAUCUCCAUAGGCAUAAUCAGAAGGGGCGCCCUCCGGUGGCUGGCAAAGGAAUGGGGAUUGAUGCACAGUCCAACCUGCAAUCUCAGCUCCAUCAGUCCGUCUUCAUGUCGGCCAUGUCACCCCAUCCUGCCAAAGAUCUUCCCCUCUGCUGGGAGCAACAUUCCAAGCUGUUACCGGGCGUGGCCAACCUCUCGGCAGCUACCGUUGCUAGGUGGACCAUGGAUGAAGUAGCCAGCUUUGUCCGGAAGCUGCCUGGCUGCCAGGAGCAUGCAUCCAAGUUUGCUGAUGAGCAAAUUGAUGGUGAAGCGUUCCUCCUUCUUACCCAAAGCGAUAUCGUCAAGAUCAUGAGCAUCAAGCUGGGGCCGGCUCUCAAGAUCUACAAUGCAAUCCUUAUCCUCAAAAACUCAGAAGAAAGCUGAAAUAUGGUUCUGAGCUUACCCUGGAAUAAGCCACCCUUCGCUGAGUAAGUGAAGACAGACUGUUGUGUAAAAUCAAUGUGACCUUCGUAGGGUUUACAUACGGUGCCAAGCGAUUGAGAAGUUGACUGGUUGGUAGCACUAAUACCUCAUUUGCUGUAAAGAAGUCAGCACUAAACAUAACUCAUGAUGACAAAGAAUAUUAAGAGAUGCACUUUUUUCUUGAGGAUGUCAGAAGAUUUGGAAGAAAGCUCACUUGAACAACCACUUUCUGACUGCCAUGGGAAAUCUUGUUAUCUAGAUUUGAGGUAUGCGAGUUGUGAUAAUCUUGAUUGGUAUAGCAGAAGCCGGGUUAGUGUGGCAACAGCGAUAAAACAUGAUUAGUUGACACACCACUUUCAUCUGGUAUGGCCCUGGUCAUAGGAUCCUGGCUUACCCACGAGAGGUUAUACUCUUUCUCCACUACCUGGGGAGUAUUCCAGCAAGACCCACCAAGCUUAAUUGCACAGCAUACUACAUUAGUUAUUACGUCCUACUAGUAUGAAGUACCCUUUCGAUGGAGAUUGGCAUAGGGUAGAUUGAAAUCUUCCUCUGCUCCCUGGGGAGUAUUUCAGCAAGACCGUACCUACCAAGCUUAAUUGCUGAGCAUACUGCAUUAGGUUUUACCAUCCUACUAGGAUGAAGGACCCUUUUCGAUGGAGAUUGGCAUAGAGUAGUUUAGAAAACUUCCUCCGCUCCCUGGGGCAUAAUCCAGCAGGUGUUACCAACCUCAAUUUUUUUAGCAUAAUAUAUUGAAAUUGUCUCCGGCUAUCUGACUCUCCUGGGUAGAGAGUUGGAUAAUCCUGGGGCAUAAUCCUGCAGGUGUCACCAACCUUUUUUAGCAUAAUGUAUUAAAACUGUGUCUGGCUAUCUGGCUCUCCUGGGUGGAGAGUGGCAAAGAGUGGAUCAAUGUCUUGCCAAAGGAUGAUGCUGCAAGGAUUGGAAUAGAAAAAACACGAACCUUUGAUCCCAAGUGAGAACAGCUACGAACAACCAACAGUUAAAUUCUCCGGCUUGAUCAACAGCGUGAAGAUGGUGAGAUUGAUGGGUCCACACCCAUCCUGGAUAGGAACAAUGCCAAAGGGAUCAGAAUGAAGAAUUCUGAUGAGUUGCAAUUUUCAGUCUGUGAACCUGAUCAGAGUAUUACAAGGUCGGUAAAAUGUCAUCAUGUUGUUAACGAAUCCGUUUCAAGAGACUUCUCAUUUGCAAUAGUUUCAGUUCGAGAAACUUGUUGUAUUAUUACAUACUUCAAGAAAUACCAUCUAAUUUAUUCAAAUGGAUCAUGAAAGGACUUUCAAAGGGUAGAGUGGGGAUUCAAAUUGCUUUUACCUUGAAGAAUUCGGCUGAAUGUAACGUUUUUAAAAAUGUGCACUUUUAUUACAUAUUAU